UAUUUACGAUACCAGAGAGAUCGCUUCCGAGGGAGGCAACAGACCGACCCUGUUAACCCUUCUUCCCCACGCCACCGCUCGCCGGAAGAAGAAAGAGAGAAAAGGGUAGCGAGGAAAGAAGAAGAAAGUGUGGGAAGAAGAUGGCUGCGUCAGCGAUGGUUCUGGACCCGAAGGCACCGCCUCCAGCCCCGCCUCCGGCGGUGCUCGCCGACCCCCAGGCGCAGAGCCACCACGGGGAGACCAGCGCCGGCGAUGAGGACGACCUGUACGCUCGGCUGAAGGCGUUGCAGCGGCAGCUGGAGUUCAUAGACAUACAGGAGGAGUACGUGAAGGACGAGCAGAAGAACCUGAAGCGGGAGCUGCUGAGGGCCCAGGAGGAGGUGAAGCGCAUCCAAUCGGUGCCGCUCGUGAUCGGGCAGUUCAUGGAGAUGGUCGACCAGAAUAACGGCAUCGUGGGGUCGACUACGGGGUCGAACUACUACGUCCGCAUCCUCAGCACCAUCAAUCGGGAGCUCCUCAAACCCUCCGCCUCUGUCGCCCUCCAUCGUCACUCCAACGCCCUUGUCGACGUCCUCCCGCCCGAGGCCGACUCCUCAAUCUCACUUCUUAGCCAGUCAGAGAAGCCAGACGUCACCUAUAAUGAUAUUGGUGGCUGUGACAUACAAAAGCAAGAAAUUCGUGAAGCUGUUGAGUUGCCUUUGACACACCAUGAGUUAUAUAAGCAAAUAGGUAUAGAUCCUCCUCGUGGUGUCUUGCUAUAUGGACCUCCUGGCACUGGUAAGACUAUGCUAGCCAAGGCUGUAGCAAACCACACAACUGCGGCUUUUAUACGUGUAGUUGGUUCAGAAUUUGUUCAGAAAUACUUGGGUGAGGGUCCAAGAAUGGUACGAGAUGUGUUCCGCCUAGCAAAGGAGAAUGCCCCUGCCAUUAUUUUUAUUGAUGAAGUCGAUGCUAUUGCAACAGCACGUUUUGAUGCCCAAACAGGGGCUGAUAGAGAAGUUCAGAGAAUUCUUAUGGAACUGCUGAAUCAGAUGGACGGUUUUGACCAGACUGUGAAUGUAAAGGUGAUCAUGGCAACAAAUAGGGCAGACACACUAGACCCAGCACUUCUUCGUCCUGGCAGACUUGAUCGAAAGAUUGAAUUCCCCCUGCCAGAUAGACGGCAAAAGAGGCUUGUUUUCCAGGUUUGCACUGCUAAGAUGAACCUAAGUGAUGAGGUUGAUUUAGAAGAUUAUGUCUCUCGUCCUGACAAAAUAAGUGCUGCUGAGAUUGCUGCAAUCUGUCAGGAAGCUGGUAUGCAUGCUGUGCGGAAGAACCGUUAUGUCAUUCUGCCCAAGGAUUUUGAGAAAGGUUACAGGACAAACGUCAAGAAGCCUGACACGGACUUUGAUUUCUAUAAGUAGGCCCAUGGCUCGACUUGCCACGCAAGGGAAAAGGCAAGGGAAAAGGUCGGGUCUCUUUAAUCCAAUUGGAUUCCUCUUUAGUUUUGUGCUAGAACGUUAAUAUUUAUGAAAAGAGAUGCUUUACACAGUGAUCACAGUUCAACUGUGUUUUUGGUGUGGUUUUAUUGGCACUUGAUAUUAUCACUUCCAUUUAUUUGUUAGAAAGAUAUCAGAAUGUUGGUAAUUA